CUGACAGUGACGGGUGAAGCGCGAGGCCUGACGGCUAAGGAACGCGCCCUCGUGUGUACCGACUUGGAAUGAUCCCUUCUCGCUGCCGUAGACUGUAACCGCCCUUGGCUUCCGGAAUCCGUGACGGCCCGCUGCUCCUUGGCCCUUUGCGGAGCGGAAGGGAAGGAGGUGACGAGUGGACUGGAGCAGGAUGGCUGGGCACAGACUGGUAUUAGUAUUAGGAGACCUUCACAUCCCACAUCGAUGCAACAACCUCCCAGCUAAGUUCAAAAAACUGCUGGUCCCAGGAAAGAUCCAGCACAUCCUCUGCACCGGAAACCUCUGCACCAAGGAGAGCUAUGACUACCUCAAGACUUUGGCUGGGGAUGUUCACAUUGUAAGAGGAGACUUUGAUGAGAACCUGAAUUAUCCAGAACAGAAAGUUGUAACCGUUGGGCAGUUCAAAAUUGGGCUGAUCCAUGGCCAUCAAGUUAUACCAUGGGGAGAUAUGGCCAGCCUGGCACUGCUACAAAGGCAGUUUGAUGUGGACAUUUUAAUUUCAGGGCAUACACACAAAUUUGAGGCAUUUGAGCAUGAAAACAAGUUCUACAUCAACCCCGGGUCAGCCACAGGAGCUUAUAGUGCCUUGGAGAACAACAUCAUUCCUUCAUUUGUGCUGAUGGAUAUCCAAGCUUCCACAGUAGUUACCUAUGUGUAUCAACUAAUUGGAGAUGAUGUGAAAGUAGAAAGAAUUGAGUACAAAAAACCCUAAAAUGAAUCUUCUGGUGCUCUUUACCAUCUCAUUCCCUCUCCUUCUAGUCAAGUAAUUGAGCAUUCAAGAACCACAAACUGUCUGCAAUAUUUGAUUGUUUGCAGUAUUAAACACUUGCUAACUGCUUGUAGCCUAUAGCAGUGUAACUAGUUUAUAAUACAUAGCUUCCAAACAAUGGCACACUCUUGCUUGUUUUCUAUGUAUGGUUCAGCUUGUAAAAUAUCCUGCUAUGGUGCAAAAUGCCUUAGGUGUACAAUCAGUCUUGUUAAAUAACUACCUUUAACGUUGUAAUAAACUUGUUUUUCAAUCA